GCCGCAGCACCGGGGCCGCGCGUCAUCGAUGCGACGGUGGUGGGGAACUGGGCCUUGGCGGACGACGCCGCCUUCCUGGCGACCUUCCGGCUGCCCCGGGCCGAGGACAAGACCGAGGCUCUGGCCGCGCAGCAUCCGCUUCCGCGCGACACGCGCAUCGUGUUCUACGAGGACGCCCACUACUACGAGAUCACCAACCCCGGAGAGGAGGACCGGCCCGUGCGCGCCCCCUGGAGCGUGACGGGCUUUGGCAAAGAGUUUCACGAGGAGUUUGAUGCCGACGGCUGCAUCGACAAAUGGUUUGCAGCCGACCGCGCCGGGCUCCCGCGCUCGGGGCGCGGCAAUGUGUACAAGCAUGCCGACGGGCAGUGGAUGACCCGCGAGGAGAUCAAGGCGCGGUGGUCGGACCGCACCCCGUCGGCGCGGGGCACCCUCAUGCACUUUCACAUCGAGCAGCACCUCAACGGGUGCGUCAUCGCCGAGCCCCACUCCCCGGAGUUCGCGCAGUUCCUCGCCUUCGAGCGCGAGGUCAUGCAGGCCCGAGGCCUGCGGCCCUUCCGCACGGAGCUGUCCAUGUUCCACUGCGGGCUGAGCCUGGCCGGGCAGGCCGAUCUUCUGUGCGAGGAGCCGGGAGGUGAAAGCUACGCGAUCCUGGACUGGAAGCGCAGCAAGGCGAUCAAGCGGUGGGGCUUCCGCCAGAUGCGCCGGCCCUUUGCGGCCUAUGCCGAUGCCAACUUCUAUCACUACGCGGUGCAGUUGAACAUGUACCGCUACAUCCUGGAGACGGAGUACGACAUGCGCGUGGGCACCAUGCUGCUUGGCAUCUUUCACCCCUCGCAGACCGCCUACCAGGUCGCGGAGGUGCCGGAUUGGCAGGACCUCAUCCGCGAGGCCGUGGAGGAGCUGAAGCGCCAGGGGCGAGCGCAGGAUCCGCGCCCCGGCCCCCUGGGCCGCUUCGACCCGCACGACGAGGAG